AUGCCCACGGAACUACUGCGGGCUGAAAAUCUCACCAAGUACUUCCCCGUGACCAAGGGGUUGAUAUUGAUGAAGACCGUUGGCUACGUGCAGGCGGUCGAUGGCAUCAGCUUCACCAUCAACGAGGGUGAGACCCUCGGCCUCGUCGGCGAGUCCGGCUGCGGCAAGACCACCACCUCCAAGCUGGUCUUGCGCCUCGAGGAACCCACCGACGGCAACAUCUUCCUCGACGGCAGGGACAUCAAGGACUUCCGGGGCGCGGAGCUCAAGGAUUACCGCACCCAGGUCCAGGCCGUCUUCCAGGAUCCCUGGUCCUCCCUCAGCCCCCGCAUGCGCGUCCGCGACAUCGUCUCCGAGGCCCUCGUCGUCAACCGCGACGUCACAAAGCGGGAACGCGACGACCGCGUGGAAGAGGUGAUGACCCAGGUGGGCCUCCAGAAGGCCCAGGCCGACCUCUACCCCCACGAGUUCAGCGGCGGACAGCGCCAGAGGGUCGCCGUCGCCAGCGCCUUGGCCUCCUACCCCAAGCUGAUCAUCCUCGAUGAGCCCGUGUCGGCUCUCGAUGUGUCCAUCCGCGCCCAGGUGAUGAACCUGCUCGUCGACCUGCAGCAGGAGACCGGCGUGGCCUACCUGCUGGUGGCCCACAACCUGGCCACCGUGCGCUACAUGGCCCACACCACCGCGGUGAUGUACCUCGGCCAGAUCGUCGAAUACAGCCCCACCGAAGAGCUCUACCAGAACCCCCUGCACCCCUACACGAAGGCCCUCUUCUCGGCGGCCUUGCCCUCUCACCCCGACGACACUCGGGAGGAGAUAGUGUUGCAGGGCGAGGUCCCGUCGCCCAUCAAUCCGCCGUCGGGGUGCCGGUUCCACCCAAGAUGCCCCUUCGCCAUGGACCGCUGCUCCGUGGAGGAACCCGUCACAAAAGAUGUCGGCAGCGGCCAUCUGGUAAGCUGCCACCUCUACUAG